GGGAGGACCAUGGACGCGCCUUUGGGAAGGCUGGCAAGAAAUCUAUUCGACACCAUAACGUGGGCAUACUGGUAUUCCGGGGUUUCAAAUGUGGGGAGAAGGAAUCUCAACGUCGUCUUGGGAGCUUUCAUGACGACGUCGCCGGUGAAAAAGACAUGGCUCGCCAGAGCAGUCGGCGUGGCAAAUAUAUGAGUUGCAUCAUGACCAGGGCAAGGGGCGCGUGUACGAUGGAUGGGCUGAGUAUGGUUUGGCAUUCAUGGGCGGCAUCGGAGUCUCAAUCGCCAGGCAGGGUUGGCGGGCGGGGGCGUUGCAGGCCUGUUUUGUUGGGUGUGAAGCGCAGCGGCUCAGAUACGGUGGACUGUGUUCAGAGCCCGGGUUCGGCAUGUUUCGAUUUUCUUUAUGCCUUCGUCUCGUUUAUGUGUAUACGUUUGUGCUGUACUACUGGCCUGAGCGGAUACAAGCGGGCAUCCAUAAACAGUCUUAAUAAUAUUGGGUUGAACAUGGAAGCGUGGUCGGGCAUGGAACCGUGUAUUCCGGCGCGUCACCUGGGCACAUAUCUUGGGGGGGUGGGGUGGCUGGCGGCAUCCCCAUAUUGCCUGUCAUGCCUUGUGUGGGACCAACUUCGCGGAACCUGGUUCCCGGAUGUGAACACAGAUGGAAGAUGGCCAUGUCUGCCGUCGCAGAGAUGCGGGACUUCCCGACUCUUCCACCCAAACUGCAUUGGCGAGUGCAUGAGUGCGCUCGUACAAUACAAUCCCGCUCGAUGGCGCUGCCGUAUUCACACGUUGGAAGCUCUCACCGUAGCAUCCUUACUACACCAGAACCAUGGAGAGGGCCGAGCUGCCUAGCGCCCUUGGGACGAGGAUUCUUGAUCCCGUCGCUGAUGCAACACCUGGCGUAGCGGCGAUGCUACCGGGUGUCAUGGAGACAUGUUGAUACCUGGGCU